GGCAAAGAUCACUUCAUACGUCCAGGUGAACUGUGAAGAGUGGCAUCUGAUGCGAGCUGCACCUCCACGGCCGCGCUGGCUGACUCUCUCCUUCCUUCGCCUCCCCUGUUCUGCAAGGCCGGCUCAUCAUGACGCCUGCGAGCUCGGGGGCGUCUUUCCGCAUCACCUCGACGCAAGCAGCGCCAAGAGCAGCGCCGGAAACAACGGCUCUACGACCCACAUCCUACGUGCUCGUCUCAGAAGCAACGGAUGAUGAUGAUUACGAUGAUGAUGACGAACCUUUCGGACGCGACGGAAAUAGUGGUGCAUUCUCAGAACCACCCGACGGAUCCUCAGGGGGCACCCCGGUUCCCCAGCCGCGCUUCUACUUUGUGCUUCCGACGCUCGCCGCGCUCGACAUACUGCUCACGGUCGUGAUCGGCUUCACCAUCAUCGAGCAAGAGCGCAAGCCUAGAGGGGGAGAUACAGGGGACGCCAACUCGCAGAGGGUCAAGCUCGUCAGCGCACUAAUUGCCUGCGCAAUCCUGAGGGACUCGGUCAUUGCCAUUAUUGGCUUCAGUAGGAGCAUCGCUAAACUCGGCAUAACUGUCGCUGCUAUCUGCUUGAUGUCCAUGCUUUUCAUCAUUUCGAUUCUCAAUUUACUCUUCCAAGUACCAGGCGAGAACGAUGAUCCGACACCCCUCUCCGCAACAUCGCCCAUAUGUAUUCAAGCGGCAGCUAACGCACACCCCAUGGUUGUGCGGACCUGCACAGCCCCUUCCCUCUCCAGUGCCGCGGGGCGUCUUGCCUCGACGGUCGGGCUAGUGGAUUGGACACUGUCGUACAGCCAGAAGCCAUCGCUCGCGCUGCUCUGCAGCAUCCAGCUUUUCGCGACGUUCGCUCAGUGGAUCUCGUACGUUGCCGUCGUCGGCAUCCGUGUGCCGCCGGGUGGUAACCCGGUCCGAGCGCAACGCUGGAUGCAAGCGCUUGCGCAAGGAGAGAUUGAUACAAGCCGCUUGAGGGAGACGAGCGUGUACGACCUCGAUGUGGACUUUGAGGAUGAUGAUGACACAGAUCCGGAAGCGCAGACUGGGCUUCUUAGGAACGAGGAGGAGGCUCAAGAAGGCGACAUUGACGAUGGUAGCGGGAGAGAUGAAGAUGCAGAUGCGAGUGAAGGGGAUGAGGAAGGAGUAGAGGAAGGAGAAGGAGCGACACAUGCCGUGCGCUCACACCCGCGUCUCCCAGGCGCACAGCAGCCGGACCGCGGUGCGACGCCCUCUCAAUCACCCUCUUCUCGCCUGCGCAAGCCCCUAUCAGCCUCCUCCCUGCGAUUCCAAUCACAAGCGCUUCUAUACGCCAGCUCGCCUUCGGCCUCGACGCCACUGCUCGCACGCGUCCCCUUGAUGGCUCCUCGACCCGGCCGCCUUGGCGAUCGGCACCCGGAAGGCGCAGGCGAAGAUGAGGACGAAGACACCGAUGUAGACCCGAACGACAUUGUCGACAUCACCAGCGACAGGCACCUCAGCCGUCAAUUCUCACGUGCGCGCCUCGCCCUAGCGGCCGAUCCAGAGCGGUACCGCUCCAGCGUCACCACGCGGCCUUUCGCCACGGGUUCUGACACUGGCGCGGGGAUCGACUUUCCGUCGAUACCCCAUCGCAAUUCGUCGUUCGCCGAUAUGAGCACACUGACUUCUACGUCGGCGUCUGGGGCUGCGUCCGUGGCAGGUGGGGGAGGGCGCGCCCUUUCGCGCUCGCCGCGGACGCCCAAGGUUAGUUUUUCGAGAUUAGCUGCGCUCGCGCAGGGUGGUAGGGACCGCAGGCGGACGCAGAGCUCUAAAUCCGCUCUGCUUUCCGCUCAAGAGGGGUCUCGCGAGGAUUUGGGCGCAAGGUAGCGCAGACAACCACCAUAUUUUCAGCAGAGCACCUGGCAUGGAAGCUUUCGACCAGCACCGACAUGAUACCCUAAUCCCACAUGUAUUUCUACUCAGGCCCUUCUCGAAACUUAUGUUGCCUGCAGGGA